AAUAGCGGUGAAAAAGACGAUCUACUUUAUAUCAAUGCAGAAAGUGUUUCAGGUGUUGGUUAUGCAAAGAAUAGAGCUGUGGAAAUGUCAACUGGUCGAUUUAUUUGUUUUUGCGAUGCAGAUGAUAUAUCACUGAGUACACGGCUCCAUGAACAAUAUAUCAGAGCUACUAGCUUUCCGGAGAACUCGUUGGUUUUCGUUGGAAGUAACUUUCGGAGGUUUCCUUAUAACUCAACUCAGAGAUACACAAAGUGGGCCAAUGAAUUAUCAUGUGAUAAGUUGACGUUACAGAUAUUUACAUCCCAUGGUCCAACACUGGUCGCACCGACAUGGUUUAUUUCUCGUGAUCUCAUGACUCAGUUAAAAGGUUUUAAAGAAGACAUUAGUGCAGGCUACCCAGAAGAUCUUGAGUUUUUCUAUCGUGCGCUGGAUGUUGAGAAUGUGUGUUUCACUAAAGUUGAUAGACCGUUGGUUAUCUAUCGAUACCAUCCUGGAUGCGCAUCUUUAAGAAUUCCUGAAAAUGUCAUUCGGAAAUUGCGACUUAGUCGGUUCCGUAAUACUAUAUUGCCGAAAUGGGAAACUUUCACCAUAUGGAACGCGGGUAAACAAGGAAAAUGUUUCUUUAGGUCACUAGCAGAAACGGAGAAAAAACGAGUUAUAGCUUUCUGCGACGUUGAUGAGAAGAAAAUCGGGCGCGGUUGGUACGAAGAAUAUGACGCAAAAAUACGACUUGUUACACGGAAAGUUCCAAUAAUCCACGUCAAGGCCGCUCAUCCGCCAGUAGUGAUUUGCGUGAAACUGGACAUGACUGAAGGUCAUCUUGAACGUUUCGUUUCCGAAUCUGGAUGGGAAGAAGGCCGUGAUUUUGUUUAUUUCAGCUGA